AUGGAAGCGCAACUGAAACCACUUGUAGCUGAGCGUGGCAUAAUCAAGGCGUCAUUAACCCGCUUCAAACGAUUUUGUAAAGAAUCCGCGACCAAUUCGUCAUUAGCUUCAUGUCGGAAGCGUUUAGAAUCGGGGACCGAAUUAUUAAAAGAAUUCAACGCGGUUCAGAAGAAAAUCGAAUUACUUGUAAUUGACACCGAGUUGGAAGCGGCGCACGAAGGAGAGCGCGAAUCAUUUGAAAAUAUAUAUUUCGAUGUAAUUGGAGAACUGGAGGAAUAUAUUAAAGGGGUAGAGACUCCUCGUGGUGAAGCUUCGCGAUCUCCAGUAAGCCCUGCUCCCAGCUCGAUGACGGAUAAUGCGCAGGGUUCCAUUCGACUACCUGUCAUUAAUCUGCCAACCUUCGAUGGCAAAUUUAGCGAGUGGCUAGAAUUUAGGGUUACAUUCGAUUCGUUGGAACAUCAGAACAACGCGUUGUCUGAUGUACAAAAAUACCACUACCUGAAAUCGGCAGUAAAGGGUUCCGCUGCAAGGGCAGUAAAGGCUUUAAAUAUUUCAGAGGGAAAUUACAAAUUAGCGUGGGAAACUUUGAAGAAUCGGUAUCAAAACCCAUUAGCGUUACGUAAACAUCAUAUGGAUGCGUUUUUGGACCUACCUUCGAUCCAAAAACGAUCCAAGACUGAGUUGCAAAAUUUCAUUGACGAUGCGUCCAAUAAUUUGUCUGCUUUGAAGACACUAGGGGAACCAGUCGAAACGUGGGAUUUUAUAAUAGUUUCCCUGCUUGUUCGGAAAUUGGAUGUUGUGACGUCCAGAGAAUGGAGGGACCGGUUGGCCAUAUCCAUUGAACGACUUACGUUUAAGCAUUUUGUAGAAUUCAUUGAAGAGAGGUCAAAAACUCUCGAAGUAAGUGAAAUGCAGGGAACAAUGGAAGGUAACGACCGUCGAGUGAAGGCAGGUAUUCGUGGAGCGGUUCGCUCAACUACGCACGUAAUCAGCACAUCGAUGCAAUGCCCAGCAUGUCAAGACAGUCAUCCAUUGUAUACUUGUAAACCUUUCAAGGAAUUAGAUCAUAAACAAAAACGGCUAAUCAUACAGAAAACGGGUCGGUGUUAUAAUUGUUUGGCUACCGGGCAUAGAGUUCAAAAUUGCACUAGGAAGCGAUGCCAGAUUUGCGAUAAGUUACAUCACACAUUGCUGCAUAUUGCGGGUCCGUCGGCAGAAGCAUCAUCGGCUAAGGGGGUCGAAACUCCGGACUCCAGUAAUGCAUUGAUGGUAUCAGAGUGUGGACCUUUAUCCGCCGCGAACGUGGCUAAUAGGUCCGCGGAAUACACUGUACUAUCCACAGCCGUGGUGUACGUAGAAGACAACCAAGGGAUAAAACGCGAGUGUCGUGUUAGAUUCGGGAUCGCAGGUACAUCUAAUUUCGAGAGAAUAUUGCCAGGAGCAAGGAUUGAAUGUUUGUCAAUCGAGACCAUCACAUCCGAUCAGCCAAACAUUCCGUUAGAUCAAUCGCGAAUUCCUAUGCCACCUAAUGGCGCACUGGCAGAUCCAGCCUUUGCAGAUUGUCGGAAAAUAGAUUUACUCAUAGGCGCGGGUCUAUUUUGGAGAUUAUUGUGCAUAGGUCAACAACAAGCAGGUAGGGAGUUGGUGUGGCAGAAGACCCAACUCGGGUGGGUGCUCGAAGGUAAAUUAACCUGGCCACAAGGUCAUCAGGAAGCAGUCAGUAAUUGUUGCGUGGUGACUAACUCACAAUUACACAAUCAAUUAGAGCGGUUCUGGAGAAUAGAAGAAGUCAGCGACAUUCAGAAUGUAGGCUCAGACGCGUGCGAGCAUUAUUUUCAGACUACAACGACGCGUCACACGGAUGGUCGAUAUAUAGUCAGAAUUCCGUUUAAGGAAAAUAUCAUACAGCUAGGGUAUUCGAAGGAUCAGGCUGAGCGUAGAUUGCGGUCAUUAGAAAGGAAGCUUGGGAAACAGCCUGACUUGCGGGCACAGUACAUAGAGUUUAUGUCAGAAUAUGAAAGCUUAGGGCAUAUGUCCAAAAUGUCAGAAAUCGCAGAUGAUUCUCAUACAGGUUUUUAUCUUCCGCACCAUGCCGUAUUCAAGGCGCAAAGUACGACCACAAAACUUCGCGUUGUCUUUGAUGGAUCGGCAAAAUCAUCAUCGGGGCUAUCAUUAAAUGACUGUCAAUUAAUCGGAUCUCCCGUGCAGAACGAUCUAUUGUCGAUUCUGCUUAGGUUUCAUAAGCAUAGGUAUGUGAUUUCAGCGGACAUUGCGAAAAUGUACCGCCAAAUUCUGGUACACCCAGAAGAUAGGAAAUUUCAGCGACUUCUAUGGCGCCCAGACCCACAACAACCGGUUGGGUUUUUUGAACUCAACACGGUUACCUACGGUACCGCAUCAGCCCCGUUUCUAGCCACACGGGUGUUGAAACAAAUAGGGUUUGAUUGUGAAGGAGUUCAUCAAGGUGUUAGUCGGAUCAUCAUAAAUGAUUUCUAUGUCGACGACCUUCUGACAGGAGCCUCCUCCAUUGCAGAGGCCAAAGAGAUUAAGCAGGUUCUUACCACUAUUCUGGAACAGGCAGGGUUUCCCCUGCGUAAAUGGGCAUCGAAUUGCAGCGUUAUUUUAUCAGAAAAUGAUGCCCCCGAUUCAAGCAAGCAGAUAAGCGCGGACAAGGAUCCGAAAACGCUUGGUUUGUUAUGGACCUCCGAGGACGAUACUCUUCAUUUCUCAAUAUCGUUAAUGACUCAUCCUCGAGUCACGAAACGGGCGAUAUUAUCGGAACUCGCGCAGAUUUUCGACCCGCUCGGAUUAAUAGGGCCCACAACGUGCAAGGGAAAAAUGAUUAUGCAGGAACUGUGGCAAUUAGGCUUAGGUUGGGAUGAAUCCAUAUCGCAAGAUCUGCAUGGAAGAUGGACUCAGUUUCGAAGUAUGAUUAGGGAAUUGGAAGGAUUAAGGAUUCCUCGGUGCGUUUUACACACUACUCAUUUUGAAUCGGUUGAGAUACAUGGGUUCUCUGACGCGUCCGAAAAGGCAUACGGCGCUUGUGUAUACAUUCGGCAGGUAACGGAGUCAGGUACUUGGAUGACACACUUAUUGUGUUCUAAAUCGAGGGUGGCUCCAUUGAAGGUAGUUUCCUUACCACGACUGGAACUAUGCGGGGCAGUGCUGCUAGCACAAUUGAUGAGCAAGGUGAAGGAAUCGUUUCAAUUCCCAUUUGAAAAUGAAUAUUAUUGGUCGGACUCUACAAUUACAAUCGCAUGGAUACGCGGAUUAGCAACGCGUUGGAAAACAUUCGUCGCGAAUAGGGUCGCAGAAAUUCAGAGACUAACAACAAGUAAUCAAUGGAGGCAUGUGGGUUCACAUGACAAUCCCGCUGACCUCAUAUCACGUGGGUCCACACCUUCGGCUCUAUUAAAUAAUAAUUUGUGGUGGUUCGGUCCGGAAUGGCUCGCAGGUGACAAAGCACAGUGGCCAUCGACGAUAGAGGAGAAAAUAGACUUACCAGAAGAGAGGACGCCAAAAACGGUGAUGACCUUAUCGGAAAAUAGGGACUUUGACAUAUUUAACAGAUUUUCAAGCUACACUCGAUUAGUGCGUGUCAUAGCACACUGUCUAAAAUUCAUUAACAAGGGUCGGAAAGGGUUAGACAGUUGUAACGAAGGUUCAAGUCUUUCAUUGGCCGAGUUACAACGUUCAGAAGAACGGCUAUUACAUAUUGCACAACGAGAAAUAUUUUCGGAUGAACUGACGGCAUUAAAAACAAAGGGCACGGUUAGCGGGUCCAGUUCUUUGGCAUCACUGCAUCCUUUUUUGGACGAUAAGGGUUUGAUUAGGCGUCUAACGUUUGAAGAACUUUAUACUUUAGUAGUGCAAGUCGAGGCGUGUCUUAAUUCACGUCCCUUAACUCCCAUAUCCUCUGAUCCUUCGGACUUGAACCCUCUUACACCGGGUCAUUUCUUAAUCGGAGACUCGUUAAGUGCCUUACCAGAGCAUGACUUACGAGACAUUAACACAAACAGACUAGGCAGAUAUCAACUGGUGCAGCAGAUGCUUCAACAUUUUUGGCAAAGAUGGUACAAGGAGUACUUGCAUCAGAUGCAACAACGGGUGAAAUGGCGAACAACAAUGUCAUUUUCUGUAAAUAUAGGCACAUUGGUGGUCAUCAAAGACGACAAUUUACCACCCCUGAGAUGGAAGCUGGGUCGAAUCUUAGAACUACAUCCUGGUGCAGACGGAAUAACAAGAGUAGUUUCAGUUGAAGUCACGAACGACUUCAAGGCGGGCGGGAUGUUGGAGGUUCGGCUCACAUCAUUUAUGACACUCGGCCAGCCGUUUUUAGAGUUUAGGGACAUGGAAAACGCAGACCGACUUGUACUAACGAACGGACCGUCACCUGCCACGACGGAGGACGAAUAA